AUGGUCCGUCGUGGGCUGCUGGGGUGGAUUUCUCGGGUAGUGAUUCUGCUGGUACUGCUCUGCUGUGCCAUCUCUGUCCUCUACAUGUUAGCCUGCACCCCAAAAGGCGACCAGGAGCAGCUGGGACUGCCCUGGGCCAAUGGCCCCACAGGCAAAGAUGGCUACCAGGCGGUGCUGCAAGAGCGUGAGGAACAGCAUCGCAACUAUGUGAACAGCCUUAAGAGACAGAUCGCACAGCUCAAGGAUGAACUGCAGGCACGCAGUGAGCAGCUCCGCAGUGGGCUGGACCAGGCCAGUGAUGCCACCGGCCUGCGCUCAGGCUGGGAUUCUGCGCCCAAAGCCCAGGCCGAUCUGCUGGCCUUCCUGCGCGGGCAGGUGGACAAGGCCGAGGUACAUGCAGGCGUCAAACUGGCCACCGAGUAUGCUGCCGUGCCUUUUGAUAGCUUCACCCUGCAGAAAGUGUACCAGCUGGAGACUGGCCUGACCCGCCACCCUGAGGAGAAGCCCGUGAGGAAGGACAAGCGAGAUGAGCUGGUGGAAGCCAUCGAAUCGGCCCUGGAGAGUUUGAACAGCCCUGUGGAGAGCAGCCCACACCAGCGUGCUUACACGGCUGCGGACUUCAUAGAAGGGAUCUACAGAACAGAAAGGGAUAAAGGCACUUUGUAUGAGCUCACCUUCAAAGGAGACCAUAAACAUGAAUUCCAACGGCUUGUCCUAUUUCGACCCUUUGGCCCCAUCAUGAAAGUGAAAGAGGAAAAACUCAACAUGGCCAACACGCUUAUCAACAUUAUCGUGCCCCUGGCGAGGAGGGUGGACAAGUUCCGGCACUUCAUGCAGAACUUCAGGGAGAUGUGUAUCCAACAGGAUGGGAGAGUUCAUCUCACUGUUGUUUACUUUGGGAAAGAAGAAAUGAAUGAAGUCAAAGGAAUACUUGAAAACACUUCCAAAGCUGCCAACUUCAGGAACUUCACCUUCAUCCAGUUGAAUGGAGAAUUUUCCCGAGGAAAGGGACUGGAUGUUGGAGCCCGCUUCUGGAAGGGAAGCAAUGUCCUGCUCUUUUUCUGUGACGUGGACAUCUACUUCACCUCUGAGUUCCUCAACACGUGUAGGCUGAACACACAGCCAGGGAAGAAAGUGUUUUAUCCAGUUCUCUUCAGUCAGUAUAACCCUGGCAUAAUCUAUGGCCAUCAGGAUGCAGUCCCACCCCUAGAGCAGCAGCUGGUCAUAAAGAAGGAAACUGGAUUUUGGAGGGAUUUUGGAUUUGGGAUGACUUGUCAGUACCAGUCGGACUUCAUCAACAUAGGUGGAUUUGACCUGGACAUCAAAGGCUGGGGUGGUGAAGAUGUGCACCUGUAUCGGAAGUAUCUCCAUAGCAACCUCAUAGUGGUACGCACGCCUGUACGGGGACUUUUCCACCUUUGGCAUGAGAAGCACUGUAUGGAUGAACUGACCCCUGAGCAGUACAAGAUGUGCAUGCAAUCCAAGGCCAUGAAUGAGGCAUCCCAUGGGCAGCUGGGGAUGCUUGUCUUCCGGCAUGAAAUAGAGGCUCACCUUCGCAAACAGAAGCAGAAGGCGGGAAGUAAAAAGACAUGACCUCCCAGGCUGAAGAUUAGUGGAGACACUGAAGUUGUUUGCCUUAGAUGCAAUGAGGUAUAGACUUCUACAAAGGGCAACAAAGGAUCUGACCGAUGAUUAGAAGAGAUGAAAGCAGAGCCUCCGGUUUCUGUUGGCUCUGUGUAUGGUGACAGUGACUGUGUUUACAGCAAAAUGAUCUCUCUGUCCCUGCUCACUGAAAUAUUCACAACCUCAGACCAGUUUUGCAAAAAGUUCAUUAGAAGAGAUGCAAGCAUCCUGGCUUCUCUUCUUAGGAAUGGUUACAUCAGAGAGCUUUGGUAUCCAGGACUCUCAAAGCUUCUGAAGGAGCAGAAGACCUGUGAGAAAUGUGGAGAUCGGACAUCAACACCCUCCAGGGCACAGUAAGCAAAAUAAAGGCACCUGGAAACAAACUGUCAAUACUGUCAUACCCCCAAUAUUAACCAAAAAUAACCCCUCUUUUCAGUUAUCUUUUAGUCAAUAUUCUAAAAAUGCACUUUUUCUUGUAUUAUGUUUAUUUAAUUACCUAUU